GCUCUGUUACAGCGGGUUGCCAAGCGGGGAGUUGGUGUAGUCUCAUAGUUUCCCAUGGUGUUGUAACUCCGCUCGUUUCACCUGUCAUGUUCGAGCCUGUACAGGUGUACCUCCACCUGUCGUGCGAGCUGGAGGCGACUGUUGGAAUAAGAGCCGUUCCGGAGUAGAGAUGGGCGGUUGUUUGAUUUUGCCUUAAGCUUUAACUGUUAUGUGGAUAGUAGAAAUGAUGUUUGCUCAGGAAUAGGCACAAGUCUCCGGCAGCAAGGUGUCAGCCAAGGAAAACUGCCUCUGCACAGGUGUAAAAGAGUUUUAAUGGAAGAUAGAGCUUAAAAUAAUAAAAUAAUAAAAAUAAAUCAGUGUUUUUCAGAUAUAUAAAUGUUUAGUUUGAGAUAUAUUCUGUAUUCUGUGUGUGGGGGGGUUUGAGGGCAGUGACAAGGAGACAUUUGAGGGGAGUGAAAUCGUACACCUGCUAGGCGUUGGCCCCACGACUAACAUAGACAAGCGAGCACAGGGCUAUCUGAGGUUUUCAUGGAUUUUACUCUACACUGCUGUGUGUGUUUUGUUUUGUUUUUUUAAUUUAAAAUGAGGGAUUAAAGCUCUUUUCUCUAAAUGUCCAAAAAAGUAGUGUUAUUUAUUUUUUUUUACUGCUCCUGUACAUUAAAGUGACAGAAGUCUGGACUCAUGCUGCCUUACUCACUUUAUUUCUUGACAUCUCAGUGUAAUUUUUGCCUGAUCAGCAAUAAGACUCUUCAUUGUUUUAGUAAAUAAUGGCUUAUAUUGCCUUACCUUAGAUAUAUUUUUUUUUAUAGCCAACACAUAAUGGAUUAUAUCAGGUUGCGUUUAGAUAUAGGGUUACUAAUUAUCACUUUCUCUGACCACUGGGAGACAAAAAAGUUGUAUUUGUUGUAGAUACUCAACAUGGAAACUGAUCCAGUCCGUUCACACUUUAUAAUAAUUGGCUGAAGAGGGGGAUAUAUGCGGUUUCCGAAGUUUGUGGAUGAAACUUUAAUAACAAGAGCUCCAUUAAUGACUUUACUCUGACUGGGGCUUAACGCGUCUCAGCAAACAGAAGCUGUGUAAACAUUAAAAUUUACUGUAAACAGGUGACUUCAGUGCAAACGUCGCAGGCUCAUCAUCAGCCAUUUCGUACACGCAGAGGCGUUUUUGUUUUACUUUAAAUGUAAUGCACCCAGGUUCAAAUAGCUUAAGCUUGCACACUGUGCACAGCAUACCAAGGCGAUGUUGAAUUUUGAAGAGGAAGAGAAGGAGCGCGAGGCAGGCGGCUACUGAGCGUUAAAAUCUCGUGAUUAUUUGUCACAAACAAGUUCGUUUGCAAGCACAGCGCAGGAAUGCAGCCGGGUCAGAUGCGUCACAUGCGGGCGGCUUCUCAACCAAUGAGUGAUCCCCGAACUAGAGUCGUUACACUGGACGAUCCUGUAGAGCAUCUUUUUCUCGAUACACCUUCUGCCUCUGUGGUUCAGCGGCAGAGAUUUGUUGCACAAUCCUCGAAAAGCCUGACCAACUGGUCCUGCAGAUGAAAAAAAAAACAUCUACAUGGGUGAUCUCUCGCUCUUAUAACCUGUUUGUCUGUUUUGAGCGACACUGAGAUUUCAGGUCCCGGUCUGGAGAGCUUAUGUGGAGUCAGUGUGGAAAAUAAGUCCAUAACAGGAGAUGAAUCCCUUCUACAGUAAACGUGCGGUCCUGGUUCUCCAGAACGAGCCGGGUUAUGGCGGCCAGCGUCGCUCUUUCACCACAGAGGAUGAAGCCUGGAAAUCUUUUCUGGAGAACCCGCUGACAGCUGCCACCAAGGCGAUGAUGAGCAUAAAUGGAGACGAGGAUAGUGCCGCAGCUCUGGGUCUGCUCUACGACUACUAUAAGGUGCCCAGGGAAAAGAGAACAAUACACCAGCCCAAGACAGACACACUGGUCUCUGAUGUGGAUCCCAACAAAAGGCACCAGAUCCAGGCCGGACACUCCAUAGUCCAACUCCAGGAAGCCAGUAUGGAAAACAGGAUCCCGGUGCUCAAGCCUCCCUUCAAUAUUCUUCAGCUGGGCCCAGACAAGAGAGCCCACUUUUCUUCACCAGAUACUACUGUCACAGUUUCCAUUGCCACCGUGCCAAACCAGACUAUCAAGACAGAGGUGCCCACUCACGGCUUCUCGGUGACUGUGCCAAACAACUGCAGCGAAACGGAGAGCCACGUGGGCGUCUUUGACCGCCAGCUCACCCACAACGCGGUCCAUUUCAGCCCUGGCACCCAGGCUCGUACGCCCCCUGACUCCACCUUUCCCGAGAGCUUUAAGGAUGGUUCCCAGGAAGUGUUUUCCCUCCCAGGAGAUCUCCAGUUUCGGAUGACCUCCAUGACGCCCGAGGACUACACUCAGUUUGACACCGUGCCGGGGAAUAAUUUUGAGUACACUCUCGAGGCAUCCAAAUCUCUGCGUCAGAAGACAGGUGACGGGACAAUGACGUACCUCAACAAGGGCCAGUUUUACCCCAUCACCCUCAGGGAGAUUGACAACAAAGGCCUGCAGCAACCCAUCACCAAAGUCAGGAGCGUGGUGAUGGUUGUGUUUGGAGAGGAGAAGUGCAGAGACGACCAGCUAAAACACUGGAAGUACUGGCACUCCAGACAGCACACGGCUAAACAGAGGUGCCUCGACAUCGCUGACUACAAGGAGAGCUUCAACACCAUCGGCAACAUUGAGGAGAUUUCAUAUAACGCCAUUUCCUUCACCUGGGACACAAACGAGGAGGCCAAAAUCUUCAUCUCCGUCAACUGUCUGAGCACAGACUUCUCCUCUCAGAAAGGGGUGAAGGGUCUUCCCCUGAAUCUGCAGAUCGACACUUACAGUUACAACAACCGCAGCAACAAGCCCAUCCACCGUGCCUACUGCCAGAUCAAAGUCUUCUGUGACAAAGGCGCCGAGAGGAAGAUCCGAGAUGAGGAGAGGAAACAGUCCCGCAGGAAAGGGAAAGUUGUCGACCUAAACUCUGGGCUGGCUUUUGCAGACAUGAAAGUACCAAUGCUCCAGAAACGUAACGAUGUCACCAUCUUUAAGAUGAUGACUGAUCUCGAGACCCAGCCUGUCCUCUUCAUUCCCGACAUUCACUUCUCCACCUUCCAACGUCAUCCCUUCUCCACAGAUGAUGGAGAAGACAGCUCGGGCAUGAAGAGAUUACCCUUCAGUGACGAUGAGUUCGGUUCACCCCAAAACAAGCUGCCGAGAGUGGAGGAAGCAAAGAAAGUCCUGCUGUACGUACGCAAGGAAACAGACGAGGUGUUUGAUGCCCUCAUGCUGAAGAAUCCCACGCUGAAAGGCCUGGUGGAAGCUAUUUCGGAGAAGUAUGAACUGCCUUAUGAUAAGGUUGGAAAGGUCUACAAGAAGUGCAAGAAAGGCAUUCUAGUCCACAUGGAUGACAACAUCAUCAAACACUACUCCAACGAAGACACCUUCCAGAUCUCCAUGGAGGAGUUGGGCGGCUUGUACAAACUCACCCUCACUGAAAUCUGAUUGGAGAUGUGAUAGAUUACCCUGAAAAGAGGGGCUGAGGACAAAUGGAGCCGUCAAGUUUACACUUCUGGUUAUGCAGUGAUUAUGGACCUGUCAUUCAUGUUGUCUGCGUGUUGUAUUAGCGUUCAACAGAUGUUUUUUUGUUUGUUUGUUUCCUUUUUUUAAAAGCCAUAGCUCUUAACGGAUACUGGUUAGAGAUGUAAGUUAUACAUUUUGAUCAUUAUAAAGCUGUUUGUUUGUGCAUAAGAAUUAACAAGUGAGGACAUAUUUGACACUGACAUGACACUUUUGCAUUUAGUGAGAAUAUGAGCUGAGCCUCAAAUGUCAGUGCCUGCUUUUGUAUAUUUUGCUCAGGCUUGCAGAGCAGUUGAAGUGCUGCUAUACCUCAUGCUAUACAAAGCAGCAGAGUUCAUUCAUUCAUCAGAAGAAAGAGAUUAUCUUUCCCAUUCUAAAGCCACAGCGCUGAUGAUCUGCAAAGUUUAGCACCCAGAAAUUCGUAGUAAAAUGCCCUUGAAUUGUUGAUGAAGCUCCAGAGGUUCAGUGUAUUAAUACUAAACAAAACGUGGCAGUAUUUAGUGUGUAAAACCAUCAUAUAAUUUGGUAGAAUAUUGUAAAUGUAUUUUUUUUUUUAGCCUAGAAGAUUUUUUUUAGGUGCCAUUAAAAAAAUGCUUUUUCUCAUAUCAAUUUAAAUAAUGGUCUCCUCUGUAAGUAUUAAAUGGUCACUAAAUAUGUUGAUAAUAUUGCGAAAACAGAACUACCCUUUUCCUCUAGAGUAGAUUCACAAAUGCUGUAAAAAUAGGUCAAUUAAUAUCUAGCACAGUCUGUAAUGGCUGUCCUGGAAGUGCAAUAUGAUGAUUCAGAAAACAAAUCUCAUCAAUUGCCAUAACAUACACUAUAGAAAUCAUGUUGUUGUUUUUUAUUUGUACAUAGCAAAAAGAAAAAAUGGAUCUAAAUGAUCUCUCUUUUGUAUCUCAGUACUUAUUGUGUAUAUAUUUAUUAAGAGAAUGGAUGUGGGUCAUUGUUUUUUAACCAUAUAUAGAUUUCUAUUUCAUCAUAAUAUAAUGUUGUUGUUUUUUUCUUUUUAUAUGAAGUUAUUCAAAAAUUACACGUUCAGGGACACAAAGUUAACAUCUUUUUGUUGUUUUUGUUCCCUAAUAAAAGCUCUGCUGUA